AUGAAGAAGUCGAUCAGCGUGGUGCGCUCGCUCAACCCCACGCCCUACGCCACUCCGCCGCCGGUCGUCACCCCGGCGCCGGCCGCCGACGCCUCCACCCCCGCAGUGACCAAGCCCGCCCGCCGGGUCAACACCGCCAGCUCCCUCUUCCUCGUCCAAAUCCGCACUGGCCGUUUCCACCAGGUGCGUCGCCACUGUCGGUUUCUGUCGCACCCGAUCAUCGGCGACAGCACGCACGGCGAUCUGCCGGUCAACCACCACUGGCAGUCCACCACGCCGCAGGGCUACCCGCGCCUGGGCCUCCACUGCUUCGCCAUCGACAUCCCCCUGCCGACGCCCGAGCGCAUCGCGGCCUAUCUCCAGUGGUGGGCCGACAAGGAGAAGGCCCGCGCCGCGCGCCGCGCCGAGUAUGGCGAGUCGUGGCGCGAGCGCAAGCUGACGCCCGAGGAGGAGGUGGCCCGCCUGGAGGACAUGGGCAGCCGGCGGGCCGUGGGCGGGGCCGAGGGCGAGGAGGAGGCGGAUGACGUGGACAAGAUGGACCCGGAGCUCAAGGAGCGCGAGGAGGAGCUCGAGGCCAUCCUGGGCCUCAACCACACCACCGAGCGACUGCGCGCCCUGUGCCCGGUGCCCGACGACCUGCGCAGCGUCUGGGAGCGACAGGAGUGGUGGGCGGAUGCGGUGACGCGGCUGCCGUCGCUGGGGUGGACGCAGGAGGAGAUCGAGGUGCGCGCACGCGAGAACGACCUCUACGGGGCCGGGUGGCCCAUUCCGCGCGAGAUGCCCGAGCGCUUCAUCGUCGAGGACGGCCACAGCAAGAAGACCGGCACUCUCACCUCCUGA